GUGAAUAAACAGCGCAACGUAGAGUAGAGUUCUCGAUCCUUACCUUACGCCGCUUGCUUUUGUCUUCUUCUUCUUCUUCUUCUUCUUCUUCUUCUUCUUCUUCUUCUUCUUCCUUCUUCCUUCAUUUCUCUGUUUCACUGAAAUUACUCCAUUUUUCCCUUUCUACACUUUCUUCCAUUUUCUCCCUUUUUCAUUUCCAUAAUUCUUUUCUUCUUUUCCAUUUUCCAUCAAUCAUUCCCUUCCAUUCCAAUACAAACACCCCCACCUAACCACAUCUUCCACCAUUUCUAACUCCCUUUUUCCCUCUCUCCGCCCCUACCUACCCUCAUCGGAAUAUUCUCUCCUUCCCGGACUUGUUUCUUUCUCCCUCUCUCCCUCCAUGUCUUCCUCUCUUUCAUGGUUCUUCUUCUUCUCUCUCUCCUUCUCUUUUUCCCCUACCGCCGCCGCCCUUUCCGACGAUGCAAUGUCGCUACUCAUGUUUAAAAGCUCCAUUUCUUUCGGUGCUUCUCAUGUUCUUCGUAGUUGGAAUUUGUCGGUUUCUCACUGCGAUUGGUUUGGUGUUACUUGCGGUAAUGGUGGUACGGAUAGAGUAGUGGCGCUGAAUAUUAGUGGAGGUAUUAUUGGUGGUGUUCUGGCGGAGGGUUCUUUUCUGGCUGGGACGUUGAAUCCGUCGAUUGGAAAUCUUGUUCAGCUUCGUGUUUUGUCGCUUCCCAAUAAUUUGAUGUACGGGGAGAUUCCCGGGACUGUUGGUAAGCUUCAGUCGUUAGAGAUUCUUGAGCUUCAGGGGAACAACUUCUCUGGUGAGAUUCCGAAUCAGAUAAGCUCACUUCCAUCUCUCCGCUUGCUUAAUUUGUCUGAUAACUCGGUUUCGGGUUGGGUUCCGAGUAAAUUGAUUGGUUCGGGAAAAUUAGAAGUAAUUGAUUUGUCGUACAAUCAAUUAUCUGGUAAUAUUCAAGUUGUUGAUAAUAGAUGUGGUGCUUUGAAUCAUUUGAGGCUUUCGCAUAAUUUUCUGACUGGUAACAUUCCAGCGGAGAUUGGACAAUGUUGGAAACUCAGGACUCUGUUACUCGAUGGGAAUAUAUUAGAGGGGAAAAUUCCGGCUGAGAUCGGCCAAAUAUCAGAACUCAGAAUUCUUGAUGUUUCUAGGAAUAGCCUUACUGAUUCGAUUCCAAAAGAGCUUGGUAAUUGCCGGAAGUUGUCACAGAUCGUGUUAACGAAUUUGAACGAUAUCAAUCCCGAUAACGAUAGUUUAAGAGGAGAAUUCAACGCCUUCAAUGGAGGUAUUCCUUCUGGGUUGUUAUUGCUUCCAAGUCUACAAGUUUUGUGGGCACCCAGAGGGAAUUUUAAUGGAAGAUUGCCGACUAAUUGGAAUUCUUUAUGCUCGCUUAAAGUUCUUAAUUUAGGGCAAAAUUAUAUCACUGGUACCAUACCCGAAUCGAUUCGGAAAUGUGCGAAUCUAACUUACUUGGAUUUAUCUUCAAACAAGCUUCAAGGUAACCUUCCUUCCCAGCUUCGAGUUUCAUGUAUGGCGUAUUUCAAUGUUAGCCAGAACAAAAUUUCUGGUGUUCUUCCCAGAUUUGAGAAAGACAGUUUUUGUACGAACUUGAUUCCCAUGUUAUCUGAUCAGGAAGACGAUUGGAAUUCUUACUUAAAUUUUCCUGUUUGGGAUUUCACGAGACUAAAUGAUAAUCUCCUAAUUGCUCAUGAUUUUAGCUGGAAUAGGUUUAGUGGCUCAUUAGCUUCAGUCAAAGUGGGAGAAGAGCUUUUGGCUAAUGGCAUUAAGUUCUCGUACAAACUGCUUCUUAAUAGCAACAAGUUCAAUGGACCACUUCCCAUUGAUCUGAUCUCGCAUUGUAACGAUAUGAAAGGUGUUUUGGUUAACUUGAGUUCAAACUUAGUAUCAGGUGAGAUUUCUGAUGCAUUUUUUCUCCAUUGUCGACAAUUAAUUGAGUUUGAGGCAGCAAGCAAUGAACUAGAUAACUCGAUUGGAUCUCGAAUUGGUGAAUUGCAGAUGCUUCGUCGUCUUGACUUGAGAGGGAAUAGAUUGUGUGGAGUUUUACCUGAUCAGUUGGGGAAUUUGCAAACUUUGAAAUGGAUGCUUUUGGGGGGAAACAAUUUGACUGGAGAGAUUCCAUCUCGACUUAGUCAAUUGACUUCUCUCUUGAGUUUAGAUCUUUCUCGAAACUUGUUUACUGGCUUUAUCCCGGACAGCUUGUCAUAUGCUUCGAGACUUGAGAUUCUGUUGCUUGAUCAUAACAGGUUAACUGGGGAAAUACCAGAAUCUUUCUCUGCACUCUCACAUCUCACUAAAUUAGAUGUGUCUUUUAACAACCUUUCUGGCCACAUUCCUCAUCUUCACCACACGUUUGACUGCAUUUACUUUGGUGGGAAUAAGUUUCUUCAUCCAUGCCCAGAUUCAUACUCUGAUUCCCCUGCUGGACUUCCAGUUCCUCUUGAUGUUGAGAAGUGGAAGAGACGAAGAAAGUUUAUGUCCAUGGUAAUCGCUGUAGCUGCUUCCUCAACACUAAUUUGCUUACUCUUAAUGAUAGCUGUCAUCAUCAUUGUUAAGAGAAGGCUUGGUAAACAAAAUAGGUUAAAAAAGAAACAAGUGGUUACUUUCUCAGAUGCUCCUUCCGAUCUGAAUUAUGAUAAUGUAGUCCGAGCUACCGAAAAUUUCAGCCUUCGUUACCUAAUCGGUACAGGUGGCUUCGGAUCAACAUACAAAGCUGAACUGCCCUCAGGUUUCCUGGUUGCUGUAAAGAGAUUGUCCAUUGGUAGGUUUCAAGGAGGGAUUCAACAAUUCGACGCAGAGAUUCGAACAUUAGGAAGAAUACGACACAAAAACCUCGUAACUCUUCUCGGGUACUACGUCGGAGAGGCUGAAAUGUUCUUAGUUUACAACUAUCUUUCUGGUGGGAACCUUGAGACUUUCAUCCAUGAAAAAUCUUGCAAACAUGUCAAGCACUCGGUUAUCCACAAGAUCGCUUUGGACAUAGCGAGAGCUCUUGCAUACCUUCAUUACUCCUGUGAUCCUAGGAUUGUUCAUAGAGAUAUCAAACCUAGUAACAUCCUGCUUGAUGAAGACCACAACACCUACAUAUCGGAUUUUGGGUUAGCAAGGCUUCUUGAGGUUUCAGAGACUCAUGCCACAACAGAUGUGGCAGGAACAUUUGGAUAUGUUGCACCAGAAUAUGCUACAACAUGUCGGGUCUCGGAUAAAGCCGAUGUUUAUAGCUUUGGAGUUGUGCUACUAGAGUUGCUUUCUGGAAAAAGAUCCCUUGAUCGAUCCUUUUCCGACUUUGGGAAUGGAUUUAACAUUGUUACAUGGGCAAAUAUGCUGAUCAAGGAAGGUCGUUCUUCUGAGCUUUUCACUCCUGAACUUCGAGAAAUGGGACCUAAGGAACACUUACUUGGAAUGUUAAAACUUGCGUCUAAUUGCACAGUUGAAACUCUGGCACUUCGACCGUCAAUGAAGCAAGUCGUGGAGACACUGAAACAGUUGUAAAUUCUUUUGGAUCACUGACCCUUCAAACUGGCUGCUGACUCAACAUUGCCUACAAUAUAACCAAUCGUACAUAAUGAGAUGAAUUCUUUUUUCUCCCAGGUUCAUUUCUCAAAUCUCUACCUUCAAUGGAACUUUCUCUCCUUAGUUUUAUAAUUAAUCCUAAAAUAUAGAAAAACUACUAACCCUGAGCACACUUUCUAGUAUUAGCCAUGAGAAAACUGCAAAAAAAUCACCCUUGAUUAAAUGACUAUAUAGCAUUUAGUAUGAUUAUACCUCCAAGUUGAAAUCAUUGUAACCAAAGCUCAAACUUAAUUGUAAGGUUUUAUUUGUAGUGAUUUGAAAGAGUAAACGCUGAAGUUGAAAGGCAUUAUGAGUUAGAAUUAUAAGUUUGUUAUGUAAGUUUUUGAUUGUUUUGUCCCACUUUGGUGUUAUUUAAUUAUUGUUUUACAUACAAAGGAUUAAGGAAGGGACCUACAAGUGUGCAUAUAAUCAAAAUGCUUUUCUGUGUUA